AUGUUCCGGUGCGCGCGGAGGACGCUGGUCGCAAUUGCGACGUUAUGGAGCGUCGUCGCGGCGCACACCGUCAUUGUCUAUCCGGGCUGGAGAGGGAACAAUCUCCACCAGAACGGCACGACGCCGAGUGGGGAGGUGCCGACGGGAGCGUUGGGGAUGAAUUGGGAUAAGGAGACGGAAACAUAUAAUUUCCCGUACGGGCAACAGUGGAUGUAUCCAUGCGGCGGCAUGCCGACAUCCACCAACCGUACCCGAUGGCCAAUCCACGGCGGCGCGCUCUCCUUCCAACCCGGAUGGUUUCCGGGCCAUGCGAACGCGCUCGUCUACAUAAACAUGGGCGUGGGGACCGAGCCGCUGAACAUGUCGCUGAACAUGGUGCCGCCGUUCCAAAUCGUUGGCCCCUCGAACGAGUACUACAACGGCACCGUCUGCCUCCCGCAGGUGCCGUUGCCCAAGGGCCUGGAACCGAAGGUGGGCGACCACGCGACGAUCCAGGUGAUCGAGACGGCGCAGCAUGGGGCCGCGUUGUAUAGCUGCGUCGAUAUCAUCUUCGACGAGCCGCAGAACGUCGCCGAGGUCAACGAGACCAACUGCUUCAACUCGACGGAGGCGGGGGAGAACAUCGAAUUCAACCUCGUCUUCGCCACAACGAGC